AUGCCGUGGAUGAGGCUGCAGCAGGUGGUGGGGCUGACACCUGAUGUGGUGGGAACACCUCAGCUGGUGGGAACAACACCUCAAGAAGUGCCACCUGAGAGAGAGCAUCCUCCACCUCCUGUGUUGGCGCAGCCCCCAGCCCAGAUGGUGGGACCCGGACUUCUGGUGGUGCGGCCUCCUCCAACUGGGGUGGGUAAGGCCCAAUUCAUAUGGCCUGUUGGCCCCAGACCCGAGAGGGUGGGGCGCAGACCUGAAGAGCCACAGGGGUCUCUGGUGGUGCUGGCGGCGCCGGUGCUGCUCGUGGGGGCCCUGGCCUUGUGUGGUCCACUGGAGGGCCUUCUGAGAAGAUUCAUCCACUCCCACCCACAACAGCAAAAAGUACAUAGUGUACGAGAACUGCAUCAUGGAGUGAUAGUUGGUGGUGACAUGAGAGCUGACUCUCCAGGCCACUCUGCAAAGUAUGGCAGUUAUACAAUGAUGGAUCUCCAUACUAACACCGUUGUGGACAAUAAGUUGGUUCAGAGCAACAAGGUUGGUGGUAGCUGCCACAUGGAAAAAGAGGGCCUGACAAGGAGUCUAGCAUUACUGGAGUCGCGUGGCGUCAACCUUGAUUGCAUUGUCACUGAUCGUCAUCCACAAGUACAGAAGUUCCUCAGGGAGAGAAACAUAACCCAUUACUACGAUGUCUGGCACAUGGCAAAAGGAAUUUCAAAGAAACUGGAAGCAAUCAGUAAGCAGAAAGACUGUGAGAAACUCAAGAAGUGGAUGAAAAGCAUCAACAACCACAUAUACUGGACUGCAGCUGGCUCAACCUCCGAGCCAGAGAGAAUUGCAAAGUGGACCGCAAUCCUGAACCAUGUUCGAGAUGUCCAUACACACGAGGAUCCUCUUUAUCCCAAGUGCGAGCAUGCGAUCCGCAAGACAACUGACAAGAGUAACUGGCUCCAAGCAGAUACUCUAGCUUUCAACAAGUUGGAGAAGUUGCUGACAAACAAAAGUACGCUGAAGGAUGUUGCAAAACUGAGCCCCCACCACCAAACUUCAUCGUUGGAGGCUUUCCAUGCCGUCAUCCUUCGUUUUGCCCCAAAGAAUGUUGUCUUUCCCUUUAUUGGAAUGCUGUGCAGACUCUACCUGGCUGCUAUGCAUUAUAAUGAAAAUGCGGACCGACCAAAGGCCGAAACGGAGGAAGGUGUACCUCUCUUCGAAAUCUCAUUUCCAAAGGCUAGGAAGGGAGAGUGCAGCGUUAAACCUCAAAAGACACAGCCGACCUUUGAUUAUGUUGCUGACAUGAUGGACCUAAUUUUUGGGCACAAUUAG